CAAUGGAUUUUCUUUGUUUUAUUAUAUUCCACAACAUAUUUGUAUCUGACUCUCGAGUUAAAAUAAGUUCACUAUCAAGUUUUAAUUUUUACUGUAAAAAGCAGAAAAAACAGUUUGAUUCAUCAUUUAUCAAAGAGGCCAUGUACGCCUUCUCCCCUGGCCUGUGGGCGGACGCCGGUCACGACAUGUGGGCGUGGUCACUGGUUGUCGUAGAGCCCUUGACUGGAACGGUCACAAAGCAGUGCGACAUAGCUCCCAGAGGCAUAUUCCAGCGCUACUAUGGCGGCUCGGUGUUCCAGGGCUCCAGUAAUCCGGACGGGUUUCUCUACCACGUGCUGCGCGUGAUGUACAGCGAGGCGGAUUUUAUAGUGGGCGUUAACCCCGACACUUGCGAAGUGCGCUUCUCCGAGGUGACCAACCUGCGACACGUGCACUCGUUGCAGCUGGUGAAUCCAGCCCCAGCCCCGUCAAGACGAACUUGUAACAACAGAGAGAAUUGACAGUUUUAUCUAGAUGCGUUUUAGAUUACCGCUUAUCAUAUGUCGAAGAUUAUUAUAUGGGGUGGUUGGCCUUUCUUGUCGCAAAAUUAUGCUGUACCGAAACCUUCAAUCUAACAGUAAAUAUAUAUUUGAAAAGAAUCGAACUAUCUUCAAAAAUAGUUAGUUUCUUUUUAAAAAUAAUAAUCCCAGUACAUUCGUCGCCUCUAAAAACUGGUCGGAACAUUAAUGGUUUUACGAAUGCUUACCCACUUUCUUGUGUUAGUCGUGAUUAAGUUUUAUACCACAUCCCUGAACAAUCCUAAUCGUUCAAUGAUGUUAGUAACCACAACAUUGUCAUCUUGCCAUUAAGACGGAUUACAGAGUCGUAAAAUGUGUGUAAAUGUAUGUUCCCGGGUAAUUACUGUUAACGCUAUCGCUAAUUGUUUUUUUUAAAGCACAUGGUUUCUUAGCGAAGGAAUAGAUAGGUCAAUAAAUACAACUAUUUAACAGAAUGCAGUUUUUCUAUUAUUCAGAUGUUCGUGUUUGUUCUAUUUUUCAAUUGUUCCUGUGUAUUCAUAUCCGUUUUAAUGCAAAAAUUCACGCAGUUAAAUA